AUGGACCUCUACGCCGUCAUUGUUCGCCAUGGCUUUCGGAACACGCCAGAUGACAGCACUGCAGGCUCCAGGUUGAUCGCGUACCUGAAGCUCCAUGGUAGCCCCGCACUCGUGGCCUUCGCUUUCAAGAACAGGGCCAAGCUGCCCUCCUUGAUUGAUGAUGUCUUGUCCUGGGAGAAAGUUGAAGAGCACUUAGAGCUGCACGGGAAGUCUCGCAUGGAUCAGCUGUAUUCUGCUGCAGCUUCGCAAUGCGCCUGCGGUGGCGAGUGGCUACCACGAGCUUUGGAAGCUUUUGUCUCCAACAACAUUUCCCCAGAGCUUUGGUGCAAGGACGUCCUCAAGCUUCUGCAAGCUGGCCGGCGGCCAGAUGUGCCGGUCCUUGUGCUGAUGGGGCGGUUUGGAGGGGAAGGCAAGUCGUUCUUGCUCUCUCCCCUUCGAGAGGUGUAUGGCACUGGGCAUGCGCAGGCCACUCCGCAGCGUGGUUCUUUCCCUCUCCUUGGCCUCGAGAGCAAGCGGAUUGUCAUCUUAGAUGACUGGUGCUUCGACGAGAAGGUGCUACCGCUGGCAACUCAGCUGCUGUGGUACGAGGGCAAGCCCUUCCCGCUCCCUCGUCCACAGAACAGCAGCCAUCUCCUCUACGAAGGCACGGCUCCGCUCUUCGUCACCGUGAAGGAGAAAGACUUGGGGCCCAUUAUUGCCCAAGCAGAAGUGGCCAGGGCACAAGGCGUGCCAUCCGAGCACACCAUGCUCCUCCGACGCCUCAAGAUCUACCGCUUUGUCAAGCCCUUGCCUCCCUCUAGCAAGCAUAUUGCUGAGUGUGCUCGGUGCUUUUCAAAUAUGGUGCUCCGGUAUGGACUUUAA